AUCGAAGUGCUGGAUCUGAGGAAGGAGGAGGCGGCUGCCGCACUGUCUCUGCCGCCCUCGCCGCUGCCGGCAGCCGAGCCGGCCGCUCCCGACGCGGAGCCCGCGGGGGAGGAGUGCAGCUGGGCCGGCCUCUUCUCCUUCCAAGACUUGCGGGCCGUGCACCAGCAGCUGUGCUCGGUGAACUCGGAGCUGGAGCCCUACCUGCCUGCCUUCCCCGAGGAGCCGUCGGGCAUGUGGACGGUGCUCUUCGGAGCCCCGGAGCUAUCCGAGCAGGAGAUGGACUCUCUCUGCUCCAGACUGCAAGUUUACUUGGUCCACAGCUUGGAUACCUGCGGCUGGAAGAUCCUUUCGCAAGUACUCUUUACCGAGACUGACGACCCCGAAGAGUAUUACGAGAGCCUGAGUGAGCUGCGACAGAAGGGGUACGAGGAGGUGCUGCAGCGGGCCCGCAGGCGAAUCCAGGAGCUUCUGGAAAAACAUAAGAACACUGAAAGCAUGGUAGAGCUGCUUGAACUGUAUCAAAUGGAAGAUGAAGCCUACAGUAGUCUUGCAGAAGCUACUACAGAGCUCUACCAGUACUUACUACAGCCAUUCCGAGAUAUGAGGGAACUUGCGAUGCUUAGAAGACAGCAGAUAAAGAUCUCAAUAGAGAAUGACUACCUAGGCCCCAGAAGAAUUGAGAGUCUGCAAAAAGAAGAUGCUGAUUGGCAGAGAAAAGCCCACAUGGCCGUGCUUUCUAUUCAAGAUCUUACAGUUAAAUACUUUGAAAUAACAGCUAAAACACAGAAAGCUGUGUACGAUCGAAUGAGAGCAGACCAGAAAAAAUUUGGUAAAGCAGCAUGGGCAGCAGCAGUAGAACGUAUGGAAAAGCUUCAGUAUGCGGUUUCUAAGGAGACUUUGCAGUUGAUGCGUGCUAAAGAAAUCUGUUUGGAGCAGAAGAAACAUGCAUUGAAAGAGGAGAUGCAGAGCCUGAAAGGUGGUACAGAAGCCAUUGCUCAUUUGGACCAAUUAGAAGCUGAUUAUUAUGAUCUACAGCUUCAAUUAUAUGAAGUGCAGUUUGAGAUCUUGAAAUGCGAAGAGCUGCUGCUGACAGCACAACUUGAAAGCAUCAGAAGACUGAUGUCAGAGAAGAGAGAUGAAGUGGUAUAUUAUGACACUUACGAAAGUAUGGAAGCCAUGCUUGAAAAAGAGGAUAUGGGAACAUCUAUAUACUUGCAAAAAGAGGAGCUGCAAAAGUUACAACAAAAAAUCCGCCAGCUGGAAGCAAGGCGUGGACGUAUUUCAGCCAAGAAAGCCUACCUCAGAAAUAAAAAGGAGAUCUGUAUUGCAAAGCAUAAUGAAAAGAUCCAGCAGCGUCACCAGAGUGAGGAGGAAUACAAAAUGCACCAUACUAUUCAGCUAAAGCAAGAUCAGUUACAAGAUGAAGAGGAAAGAAAGAGCUCCUGGGUUAGUCAGGAGCGACAGAAAACACUGGACAGACUUCGCACAUUCAAACAGCGGUACCCUGGGCAAGUAAUACUUAAAUCAACCAGACUACGGCUGGCUCAUGCAAGAAGAAAAUGUGUGGCCAGCUCAGUGUCCUGUGUCAAUCAACCUCAGUCUUUGCCAGUGACCAUACAAAUCCAAGAGAAAAGUGAAGAGGUGGAAUUGGAGAAUGCAGUUCAGCCUUUGCAAGUGCAGGAGUCCGCAAGCUUAGAACAACUUCAGGAUAUUUCGUUACCUCCCAAUAGUGUUACCUCUGAACUGCCUCGUGUUAGUACUUCUCCACUCACCAUUAAUGAGCUUCAACCAGAGACUGUUGUACAGCUUCCACCCAUUUUGCCUCCACCACCUCCACCUCCACCUUUACCCUCCAAGGAAGAUGCCACCAAAUCCUUAGAGAAAAGCGACAGCUUGGUUAAACGUCAGAGUGAGGAGAAGGGAGUCCAGCACUCUUCUGGUAUCCCACCAACACAUCUCUUUGACAGCAGUCAGCUAGUCAGUGCCAAGAAGAAGCUUAAGAAGACUGGUGAUCUGGAGGGUUUACAGAGGAGGAGAGUGAGCUCCCCGAUGGAUGAAGUGCUGGCUUCCUUGAAGCGUGGCAGCUUUCACUUAAGAAAAGUUGAGCAGAGAAGUCUCCCUCCUUUUCCUGAUGAAGAUGAUAGCAAUAACAUCUUGGCACAGAUCAGGAAAGGGGUGAAACUGAAGAAAGUGCAGAAAGAUGUUUUGAGAGAAUCCUUUACAAUUCUGCCUGAUACUGACCCUCUGACAAGGAGCAUCCACGAAGCAUUGCGACGAAUUAAGGAAGCAUCACCUGAAUCGGAGGAUGAAGAGGAGAGUUUGCCUUGCACAGACUGGGAAAAUUAACCUGUGAUUCACAGCCACUGAUGUGAGAAAAGAAACCUCAGUUGAAGAUUACUUUUCUUCUUCAUUUCUGAAAAUUGAGAGCCAGCAGUUAUGACCAUCAAUUCAACAGGAGGCUUGCUUUCUUUGGCAAAGGAAUAGUCUUGGCAAAUGAUUCGGUAUAUGGAAAAAAAUGGCCUGAAAUGUUAAUUUUUGAGUCACCUUUUUCUUGUAAUUUGUUCAAAAAAAUUCGGGGGGGGGGCAGAAUUGUUUAAUGUGCAUUUUUUAUAAUCAAGAAUGCCCUAUUCUUAAGCAUUUUUUGUAUUUGCAUUAGAAAUGUGUGGCCAGUUAAGUGUGGGGGGCAUGUUGAGUUGGGAGAAUACUUGCUGUUAAGAGUAAGUUUGGGAUUCAGCCAAGACAUCAAACCAGCUAUAAAAUGUCCCCUUCACUGCACUGAAUAAUAUAAUCUGCUUGAAAAUCCAACUAAAUAGCUCCUUGCAGAGAAGCUUGCUGUGUAGCUUCUGGUGUGGUAUUCCAGAAAGAGCGGAAUUCCUAGUUGCACUACAGUAGCUGAAAUUCAGUAACAUGAAACUAAGAUUAUUUUUUUGUCUUCUUAGUUUGAAGAAGUGUAUGUCAGUAUGAAAAGUAACAAGUGACCACAGCACAAUAAGAACAAGAGUUGAAUUCAGUACAUAUUCAAGAAUGUGUGUGUU